AUGACCGUCUUGCGUAACGGCUGCUUCUACUGCAACUCCUCAUUCAACCUGACUCCAUGUCAGGGUGGGUGCAUGGUGGUGCUGUAUUGCAGCAAGGAGCAUCAAGAAGCUGAUGAAGCAGCGCACCAACCAAAGUGUGAAGAGCUCUGUACUGCGCGACCUGAACACUUGCAAGAGCGUGAUCGUGUUUUGAGAACAGUCAAGAUCAUCAAUGAUUGGCAAACAUUGGUCAGAGGGACAAUCCAUGGCCCUUUCUUCUUGCUCAAUUACACGCUUACUCAAAAGCAUUUCAGAUACUAUCUUUCAACAAUUCAUAUUACCCUGUCGCUAGAAAGUGAAAUGGAACUCGUCAAGAACUGGUGUGUUCCAUCACAUCUUAAACCUGCCUGUGAAGCCACUCGCGUUGCACCCUUCCUGAUACGCCUCAGCCGGGACGACGAGCUCGCUUGUGAGUAUCUCGACGGGCUUGACAUUUCAAGGUUCCAAAUCUGUCCAAUAAACCCAGUAUCCGACAUUCAUUUGAAAAUGAUAACCCGGUGUAACGUCAUCAAAACUCUGCUCAGAGUCAGAGUGGCCGUGGACCUGAAAAUGCUGAGAAUGACCACAAAAGCUCUUGAAUCAAAAAUGCCUACCGAAAUCUUGGACCAGGUCCGUCAAGAGGUCGCUGUCAGUCCAUUGGUGUGGAAGAGCCAUCGCGUCAUUGAAAGUGGUGAUAGCUACGGUAGACUGAACCAGGAUUAA